CGCUAGCGCCAUCCCCACUCAAUCUCUCCUGAACAGGUAACAACAUAACUUCGGUACAAAACCCCAGCCCCUCCCUAAAACCCUAAUUUACUCACUGCCAUGUCCGAUCCUCCUCCCCCUCCCGAUCAAGCCGGCUCCCUCCGGGCCCAGAUCCUCCGGUCCGUCACCCCCGACCUCCACUCCUCCGUCUCCAACCUCCACUCCUCCUCCCGCACCCUCCCCUUCGACCGCGACUUCCAUUUUUACUACAAUUUCGACGAGUUCCGGUCACCGAUCCGCGGCAUCGACCGCAACUCCCAGCUCCUCCUCAGCUCCAUUGGCUCCUCGGCCGGCCAGUUGAUGUCCCGGCCCCUCGGCGCGCUCCCCGAGGAGCUCGACGACGGCUACGACUGGCUUGUCAACCUCAAUGACGAGGCCCUCGAGAGGUUCGACGCGUCCGUGGAUGAGUUCAAGAGGGUGAGGAAGACGGAGGAGGAUAGCGGGAAGCGGAUCAUGGACCCCGGGGACGGGUUCCAGGUUGUGUCCGGGAAGAAGAAGAAGAACAAGGGGGCGGCAGCGGCGGGGAGCGACGCUGCAGGCGAGGCGUCGAGCGUGCAGGUAGCGGCUUUGAGGGACAAGAAAGUCAGCGGCGCCGUGAGAUCAAAGGUUCCGUUCCAUAUACCGACGGUGAAGAAGCCGCAGGACGAGUACAACAUCUUGGUGAAUAACUCGAACCAGCCCUUUCAGCACGUGUGGCUGCAGAAGAGCGAGGGUGGUGAAAGGUUUGUUCAUCCACUGGAGAAGCUCUCUGUGUUGGACUUUGUUGAUAAAAAUGCUGGCGACAUCGUGCCUCAGAAGCCACUUCCGCUGGAGGAAACUCCAUAUAAGAUGGUCAUAGAUGUCAAGGAUCUCAAAGCAUUGGCGACGAAAUUGCGUGCAGUUAAUGAGUUUGCAGUUGACUUGGAACAUAAUCAAUAUCGCUCUUUUCAAGGGAUGACUUGCUUGAUGCAAAUCUCAACCAGAAGUGAGGAUUUUGUGGUGGAUACUUUCAAGCUGCGGAUUCAUAUUGGACCAUAUUUGCGGGAGGUUUUCAAGGAUCCUGCCAAGAAAAAGGUAAUGCAUGGAGCAGAUCGCGAUAUCGUGUGGCUUCAGCGGGACUUCGGGAUAUAUGUGUGCAACCUGUUCGAUACUGGACAGGCAUCCAGGGUGCUGAAGUUGGAGAGAAAUAGUUUGGAGUUUCUCCUGCAUCAUUAUUGUGGAGUUGCUGCAAACAAAGAAUACCAGAAUGCGGAUUGGAGAUUACGUCCUCUUCCUGAGGAAAUGCUGAGGUAUGCGAGGGAGGAUACACACUACCUUUUGUACAUCUACGAUCUAAUGAGACUUGAGUUGCACAAAAUCUCUGAAAAUUCAGAUACAGCUUUGGUUGAGGUCUACCAACGUAGCGCCGAUAUAUGCAUGCAGCUGUAUGAGAAGGAGCUCUUGAUGGAAACUUCAUACCUUCAUAUUUAUGGGUUGCAGGGAGCUGACUUCAAUGCUCAGCAGCUUGCAGUUGUUGCAGGUCUCUAUGAAUGGCGAGAUGUUGUUGCUCGUGCUGAGGACGAAAGCACUGGUUAUAUCUUGCCUAAUAGAACUCUUCUGGAAAUUGCCAAGCACAUGCCUGUCACUACUGGCAAAUUACGCCGAAUAAUCAAAUCAAAGCACUCUUUCAUCGAGCGGAAUCUGGCUUCUGCUGUCAACAUAGUUAGGCAUGCUAUACAGAAUGCAUCUGCUUUCGAAGCCGUGGUAGAGCAGCUCAAGGAAGCUCGGGUGGAAACAAUUGUUCCAGUAGAAAUUCAACCGACUGAUGAAGGAACAUUAUCUCCUGAAGCUGAUGCUUCCCCAAAAUUAGCCACGGAAAAUGCUGUUACCGAGAAUACAUCAACUUCCUCGUCUAUGGGGGAGGAUACUUUGGAGCUUGAAGCUGGUAAUACCACAACAGUAAUUUCUGAGGAUCCUGUCAAAGGGGAGACAAAGACUCCACGCAACAGUAUUGUUUCAAGUUCUCACGUGAAGAACCCCCCAAAUAAUGGACAAAGUAGAGAUAUUGAUGCCAAUAUAAGGAUCCCGAGUUCUGCAACUGCCAAUUCUAGUGCGACUGUUCCGGUGCUGAAGAAGCCAACCCGUGCUUUCGGGGCAUUGCUCGGGAACUCAGGCCCGAAGAGAAAAGCCGACAUGGCAAAAAAGGAUGAGGGAGAAAAGAAGCUGGAGCAGAUUCGGUCCUCAGUGAACCUUCCAUUCCACUCGUUUUCGGGGAAAACCAGCAACGAGCCAAUUGAAGAUCGUAAGGAAGAGCCUGCUAGAACUUUGGAAGCUUAUCAUGCUGAAGAAACUUCCACCGUGCAAUUAUCUACCUCUGAUGCUGCUGACGUUAUAGUCCUUGAAGAUGACUCUGGCGAGGAGGGGCCUGCUGUGAAGAGCUCAGAGAGCGCCAAAGAGUUGGAUGGCCAAGUCUCGGUGAGCUCAGGCAUGGAAAGAGACGAGGAGGAUGAGCCAACGUCCCUCUCUGAGCUGUCCUCGAGCUUCCAGAAGUGCCUGGACUCGAUCGGCCAAGAUGGCAAGAACAGCUGGAAAGUCGAGAAAAGUAAGACCAUACAGGUGAAGCCGUUUGAUUACGAGGCUGCAAGGAGACAGGUGAGGUUCGGAGAGGACGACGGAAAAGGGAAGCCAGUGACCGACAGUGGCAAGGACAAGAGUCCAAAGGUCGUGAAGGGUUCAGGGGGGAAGAAGAGUGGGUCGAGCGAAGGUCAAGUCCAGGGGAGCGAUGGGGCUAAGGAGUUCGGGCCAGGGAAACGGCGGCAAGCAUUUCCUGCUUCAGGCAAUCGUAGCGGAACGUUUCGCUGAGUGAUGAUGCAGGCGGGAAGAUGCGAAUUCUUUUGUACUCCGAGAAAGACCUGUAGAAAAACGACGAAUUGGCAAUCGAAAAAAGAAAAUUAGGAAGUUAUUUAUGAAUGAAUAGUGGCAGCCGCUUCAGUC